GUUUGGAGAAAACAUUCACAUCGCAGGACGGACGCGUACCGAAAGAGUUCGUUGAUAUACGUGAUUCCCAACAAUCGAGUUCCAAACUGGUCCGGGUCGGUUGUCAGGCUAAUUAAAAGUUGUCACACACUAACCACGCUGGCAGUAACCUACAGAGAGUACAAUCCAAUUUUCAGUACAUCUCUCUCUCUGUCUGUGUCUCAGUCUAUGGUGAGGAGGGCUCAUAUAGUUUGCCGGGUGUUGUGAAGGAUUAAACAUUUGUUGUUUGGAGUUCGGGGAGUCGGUUGUCACACGAAACAGGACGUGAAAGUUCCGGAGUGUGCGGUGUGAAUCGGUUGCACGGUUAGGUGAAUUAAAUCACAAGGCAAGGAUAACAAUAUUUGAGCGUGGCAUCGCGCGCGUCACUCAGUGCAUAGAAUGAGAAGUUUGUGGCCGUUAAUUAUAUUAUUUGCGUAUGGCGUUGCGAUGAUUGACGCAGGUCGUGGCAGAGGCGGCGGCGGCGGCGGUCCUCGGCCAAGUGUUGCGAUGUCGUACAACGCAAGCUGCAUCAACCCGAACGACGAGGCCGGCCACUGUGUCCUGGUGCAGGAGUGCAAGCUCGUCCUGUCGGUGCUGCGAAAGGAAACUCUUACCAACGACGAUGUGGCAUUCCUGUACAGCAGUGAAUGUGGCAAGCUGGAGGGCAAAAGUCUAGUCUGCUGUCCGAGCUAUUCCAUUGCCGGCAAUCGCAGCCACAGCCAGCUCGACCCCGUUAACCGAGUGGAUGAGGCGGGUCAGGGCCAGGGUCACGAGGUCACCGAGCAGGAAUCUAAACCAGUGCAGGACCAGUGGAGUUUGCUGCCACAGCCUGGGGACUGUGGAAUUCAACCGAGUUAUCAACUAUUUGGAGAGAACUUCACCAAACUGGACGAGCAGCCGUGGACGGCGCUGGUUCACUACGGCAAUAAACCGUACGAGUUCAGUUUCGAGUGUGGAGGUGCCCUCAUCAGCUCACGUUACGUGCUCACCGCAGCCCAUUGCGUUACCAACAGAACCAUAUGGAACAAACUGACGGUGCGCCUCGGCGAGUGGGACACUGAAUCGACGGUGGAUUGCAUCUCCAUCGGAGACUUUAGCGAGUUCUACUGCGCCGAUCCGGCCAUAGACGUGGCCGUCGAAAGCGUGCAUGUCCACGAGCAGUACGCCCGCCAUCAUCGUCCGCAGCUGAACGACAUUGCACUGCUUCGGUUGGUGGAACCCGUCGCCACGAGUUCGUGGGUUCGUCCGGUGUGCCUGCCGGAACGGGCCGUGGUGGCCAAGGGCGACGACCAGGUGUUAACGCUGGCCGGAUGGGGGAACAAUGGGUGUGGUAACACUAGCCGUUACAAGGUUCGAUCCAAGUUAAACGCGCUUAGCCAGGAGCAGUGCAAGGGCAAUCUUCCGGCAGGCUUUCGGAGGGCCAACGAGUACCUCUGUACGGUUCCGGUCAACGAGGGUGACAAAUGCCACGCGGAUUCCGGUGGAGCCGUGACCAGUACACGGCAAGUUGCGGGCGUUGGAGUAGUACACGAGCUGGCUGGAAUCCUGAACCAUAUGAAGGAGUGCCAAGCCAGCAAGCCAAUUGGCAUUUUCACCAACGUGGGACAGCACACCGAGUGGAUUGUGAGCAAAUUGGAACAAUACUUCCUAAUAGCAGUGCCACGGUCAGUAUUAGCAGGGCAUUGGCAAAGAGGAAACCGAUCUGCUCGAUCGUGUCCAGGAAUGGCAAACGUCGUUUUGGUUCUGGUUGCAGCCGCCCUAACCGGCUUCUUGCAGGGUUCCAGUACCGUACUGGCACAGUAUUGGUCCAGCUGCAAGACGCCUGUCAAUGAAGUCGGAUCGUGCGUCCUGGUAGCGGAAUGCAACUUUAUUCGUCAGGUGCUUCAGAAACCUAUUCUGGGCCAGAAUGAUAUCCGAUUCAUCGAGGCUAGCCGAUGUGGUAUCAAGGACAAGAAGGCUUUGGUGUGCUGUACCAAGCCUUCGGGAUCUCCGCCAGCGGGCUCGUCUCCUCCGGUUGCUCAACCGGUUACAUCUCGGAUCGACCAAGCCCCCUCAAACGUGGACAAACGCAGUUUAUUGCCCAAAUCUCCCGUAUGUGGUGUUCAGUACAGUGACCGGAUUGUGGGUGGAGAGCGGACCAAAAUUGACGAAUAUCCCUGGACGGCACGUGUUCAGCACUUUGAUAAUCGCUAUGGGGAGACUAAAUUCCACUGUGGAGGAUCGCUGAUCAACGAGCUUUAUGUGCUGACCGCGGCCCAUUGCGUCUCGGGGAUUCCCCGCCACUGGACUGUUAACGCCGUUCGCCUGGGCGAGUGGAACACCGCCACCGAUCCGGACUGUGGCGAGGAUCCGGACGACUGCUACGACCGAGUGCAGGAUAUCGACGUGGCAAAGAUCGUCCAGCACGAGAACUUCAUCAACACUAAAACCGAGGUGCAUAAUGAUAUUGCGCUGUUGCGUUUGGCCCGGAAGGUCGUCUACUCGGAUACGGUGGUUCCGAUCUGCUUGCCGUUGGAUGGCAGCUUUGCCAGCAGGCCGUACGAUUCGCUGAAAAUGUUCGUGGCCGGCUGGGGACAGACGGAAGAUGCUAGCGGAAGCCAGUUCAAGCUGUACGUCGCGCUAAAGGGCGUCCCGGUGGAGCGUUGUCGGGCCGAAUUCCCAACGGCACGCAUCGACGACCGGCAGAUCUGUGCCGGUGGUGAGGCCGGCAAGGAUUCCUGCAAGGGAGACUCGGGCGGACCGUUGAUGGAUCUGGUCCUGUCCCAGGGGCAGGCCGUUUACUAUCUGGCCGGGGUGGUCAGCUUUGGCAAGCAGUGUGGAUUGGCGGGCGUCCCGGGGGUGUACACAAAGGUGAACCGGUUUGGCGACUGGAUUCUGAACCAUUUGGAGCCGUGAGAUUGAGAUUUGAACUGAGAGCGACGAAUAAAGGGGAACCUUUUUAUUUUAUUUCAAAAUGUCUGUGUA